AUGUCUGACGAAACAAAGCCUAUUGAAGAAUCUUCAAUUGAAUCCAAUUUGCAACAGGAACAAGAUAACGAAAAGGAAUCCGUUACCAUCUCGGAAGAAUCCAAGAAAAGAGCUGUUGAACCAUCAACAGACAAGAAAAAGAAAAGAAGAAGAAGAAACUACGAUGAAGAGGACAAGGAGAUAGAAAAGGAAGAAGCAAAAGAAAAGAGUGGCAAAAAUGAGAAUGAGGAAGAAGAAGACGAUGAUGAUGAGGAUGAUGAGGAUGACUAUGAACAAGGGAAGUUAGAAGAUGACGAGGAAGAGGAAGAUGAAUUGUUGGAAAUUGAUGAAUCAAAUAUUAUAACAACCGGCAGAAGAACAAGAGGGAAAGUAAUUGACUUUACUAAAGCUGCUGAAGAAUUGGAUAAGGAACGUGGGGUGGUGGCAGAAGAAGAAGAAGAGGAAGAGGAAGAAGCAAACGAAGAUGAUGAAUUCAAAGAACAAGUUCAAAAUUAA